UUCUUCGAGCAUGGAUGGACGCUUGUGAUCAGAAGGGAGUUUCCAUAGUUUAUAUACCUAAAGGAGUUUACAUGUUGGGAUCAGUUGAAUUUGCAGGUCCAUGUAGAGGAGUUACAAUGUUUUUUAUGAAGGGAGAUUUAAGGGCUCCAAGAGGAGCAUUUUUGAAUGUUGAGACAUGGUUAGGGUUUCGAUAUGUUGAUAAUUUGAUAAUGAAAGGUGGUGGAACAUUUGAUGGUCAAGGACAAUCUGCUUGGCCUUUCAAUCAAUGUCACAAGAACAAUAAUUGCCAGACUCUCCCAAUUUCUGUCAAAUUUGAUUUUGUGACAAAUUCAAGGAUUAAAUCCAUAAGAUCAAUCCACAGCAAGAAUGCUCAUUUCUCAUUUUUUGGAUGCACCAAUAUAAAUAUUUCAAAUGUUGAAUUAUUAGCACCAGAUUACAGCCCCAACACAGAUGGAAUCAAGAUGGGGAGUUCAUCCAACAUUCGGAUUUCCUAUUCUAAAAUAAGCACCGGAGAUGACUGCAUAGCCAUCCUCUCCGAUACUUCCAACAUCGAUAUCUCCAACGUUUACUGUGGCCCCGGACACGGUAUUAGUAUCGGAAGCCUAGGCAAGUACACAAAUGAGAAGAACGUUAAUGGCGUCUCCGUUAGAAAGUGUACAUUGAAUGGAACAGACAAUGGUAUUCGAAUUAAAUCAUGGGAAUCUCCCAUUUCAAUCACUGCUUCAAAUUUUUUAUUUCAAGAUAUUUUUAUGUACAAUGUUCGAAACCCGAUCAUUAUUGACCAGACAUAUUGCCCUCAUCCUCCAUGCAAUCGACAGACAGCCUCUCAUGUUCAAAUUCGAGAUGUUACGUAUAGGAAUAUAUUUGGAACUUCGAGUUCUGAGAUUGCAGUUUCCAUGCAAUGUAGCAAAAAAUUCCCAUGCAAAAACAUAGUGAUGACAGACAUCAAAUUUGGUCAUCAUGGAACUAAAAAGUCUUUGAAAUCUUAUUGUUCAUAUGUUAAUGGUCGAUUCUUUGGACGACAAUAUCCUCCUCCUUGCUUUUAG